GUGACUGUUGGCACAGAGUAAGCCUGCCCUCAUUUCCCAUCAUCCAUCUGUUUACAUGCUAGCUUACAGCCCCUCACAACCCAAAACUAACAUUACCGGUGCAACUAAAAUGGCGAGCAAAAAUUGAGCUUUUCUUUUGAGUCACAUAAAAUAAUCAGAAAUUAAGUCACGAUCCACAUUUUUUUUCCAUAUGUCCUCAAGAUAAUAAUGCUACUAGAACAUAUUAAAAACACCAAAAACACAAUUUUCAUCGGAGUGGGUCUUUAAGAGAGCAACACCCGCGGAUCUGAAACCUCUGGAGGGUCUAAAAUGACUACAGGUAGCUGAGAAAUAGGAAUGUAUGAAAUAGAAAUGAAUUAUAAGUGAAUGAUAAAAUCAAUGCUCAAGUCCUCGUUAUAUUUUGUGGAGGAAGUCACCAUCUGUUCCAGGAUUAGUUAGAAAAGCAGAAAUUAAAUAAUAUCUUCUGAAAAAUACAUUUUAACCAAUCCCAGAUAUAUGCACGAGCAAGUGUGGGAAAAAUCCAUUAUUAACGAAAGAAAAAAAACUUACCAAAAAAGAAAAAAAAAAAUCAAGCAAAAAGUAAAUAAAUAAAUAAAGCAGUAAAAAAAAGAAUGUAAAAGCUAGGAAGAAAAGAAAAAGACCCCAAAAACCUGAAAGGACAGACAAAGAAAAAAUAAAUAAAUAAAUAUAGCCUAAAUAGGGCACAAACCAGUGUCUUGCUUGUUUUACAGAUUGUAGUGUCAGGAAGAACAUUUAACAUAAAACUUAUAGUUUGAAGGACACCCCAAACACCCCUCCACACCCACACCGAUAUUCUAUCUGGCAAAAUCCUGGCCUCAGUUUAACCAAUAGAUUUGGCAUUUACAGUACGUUUUUAGUUUUUGUUUGUAACUUUUAAAGAGUUAUAAUUAUUUAACAGCAGAAACUUGUCUUGUUCUCUUAUUUUCAUGCAGUGUAUAGAUUUAUCAAUUAUUGUACACAAAGUUACAUUUAUCUCAGCCGUCUUACUGCAUCUUGCUUUUGUGUGGCAUCUGCUCCUACAGUUUUUACUCUCUGUUUCUGCUAUAAUUAAACAGUCUGAAAUGACUUACAGAUACAAGAUACAUGGGAUGUUUUUUUUCUUGGUUGUCCCGUGAGCAGUUUCUGUCCCUCCUGCGCUCUCUGUGGUGACGGCUGUAACGUGGUCAGUGCCGCCCUCUUGUGGUGCAGCGCGGUACUGCACAGUGUGGGUGGAGCCAGCGUGAACUUGCUCAGCCCCUUUGUUGUGGUUUAAGGAAGUGAAACAGAGAUGGUUCGUGAGGAGCUGGCGGUGCGCCUCAACGACAGAGAGUACAAGAACUGGCUGAAGGCCGGCCGGUGUCUGCUUAUCGUGAAGGACGGCCUGCUGACCUACACGGACCAGCAGAUGAGAAGCUUCCACACUGACCUGCUCAAUCAAAACUCUGUGCUGAGGAGUCCAUGUCUGAGCUCUUCAUGCAAACCCAGAGGAAACAAGCUGUCCUCGGCCUGCAGGCCGUGUUCAGAGUGGCAGAAGGUGAUCCUGAUGCACCACAGAAACCCUGAUGGCUCCAUCAACUGGGCAAACUGCUCCCCUCCACUGUGGAGGACUGACCACUGGGAGCUGGCCAAGGCCUACAUGCCCCGAGGUCAGGCUCAAGUAAGGGGUGCAGAUCAGUGUGACGCAUCUGCUCUGCUCAAUCUGAUCAAUUACUGCAAAUGGUUCUGUGCUGGAGAUCCGAAAUCCGCCAGGCAGGUGAUCCAGUGCAGGAACGAACUGAUGCACUCGAGUGAAUUUCGAGUCAAAGACGAAUGGAUGAAGAGGUACCGCACGGCUCUGCAGCACUUUGUGCAGCAGUUCAGCCACAUUCCACGCAUGGCAGCUGUGGGUCGACAAAUCGAAAACAUGCUGGCUGUUGACCUGUCCAUAUGUGUCUUUGGGGAGGACGCAACCGAUUCUGCUUGCAUGUUGAGUGACUCUACCAGGCAGCAGGAGACCAGUGCUGAGAUGGUCAGCCAGUGGGAAGCUGCGCUGCUGCAGGAGAUGCUGCAGGAGUGUCUGCAUGCAACUGCUGACAGUGAGGAGGCUAACGCACAGGAUGGAGAGCUGCUGAGGAGCCUGGGGGGAUUUCUGCGAAGCAACAAAGACCUGGGCGAGAGGUUUUCUACAGAACUCCAAACUAUCACUGAGCUAGAAGCCAGAGAAUAGGAGAUGGGCGAACAAAGUUUCUAUAUAUUAUUUUUUGUAUGGUUGAGUGUAAACGCAAAACACUAUAAAGAGUAAAACUACUAAUUGGAAUUGGCUCAUAUAUAUACAAGUAUUCCCCCCUCAUUUGAGGUGGUUAGGGAUUGAGGGCCGGUUAGGAACCCCACGGCUGAAGAAUGACUGUUACUGAUCCAAAAUCAUCAUAAACACUUCUAAAUAUACUUUGUAAAACAUUCAUUAAAGACCAUUGGAAUUUUUGUUAAUUCAGAACCAAAGACUGUACAGCAGCGUAUUUUAUGAGUGGCUCUCUCUGUGCCUUAAAGGGCCUAUAUCAUGCAAAUUCCACUUUUUUACUCUAUACGGUUUAUUCAUCACUAUAAAUAACCCCAAAGGGAUAUUUUGAUCCGUUGACGCAUUCCUGAGUAAUCCUCUAAAAGCUGCGCUCUGAGCACCCACCCCUCGAAAACGAACGGGUUCUCACAUGCUGAUGUCACAAAGUGAGAACAGCCACUUUCAGGAAGAGUUUUCACUGCCAGCACCACCCCCAGUUUAACACAAACACCCACAUUUUAUGCAGAGCUAACGGUGAUCAGCGAAACACUUAUUUUAAAUGAACAAUACUGUAUAUGUUCCAAUUUUGUCCCAUCUUCAAUAAAUUCAACGUCUGA